UCCAUGUUGUUUUUAUACAAACUGGCGAAUUGAUGCCCGCUGAUCAAACGACAACUUCCUGACUAUGAACACAACAUAAACAUGUAUUCACCAUUGAGGCAGACGGAAGAAUAUUACCCUCUUGAAAAAUCGGAUGACACACGUGAGAAAGCGUGGUAGAGUGGGCUCGUUUGCAUAUGGCAAGAUCAUGUCCGACAACAAUGCUACUGAGGAAGGACCUGCGCGAGGGAAGAGUAAUCUGUGGGUCCGUCUCCGUAAGCGGCUCCAGCGUCGUGGAGUCGUGGAAGUUGACAUCGACCACCACAGAUACAAAAUGCUCAACUGUAUCCGAGAGGGCAUUCGUAACCUUCUACUUAAACAUCCAGAACUACGACCAAAGGAUAGAUUAACUCCAGAUGACUACACUCACCAAGUGGAGGAAUCCUUUCAAACCAAGAAGGGAAAGACCUUUACCUUCUGUAGUUAUGCCAGCUCAGUAUUUGCCUCCAUACGAAGAGCUGUCAGUGUUACAGAGGCUGAUUAUCUCGCCGCUGUAGCUCCACCGUCACUUCCUUAUUUGGAAUUUAUUAGCAAUUCUAAAAGUGGUCAAGACUUUUUUCUUAGUAAUGAUCAGCAGUAUAUCCUGAAAACAGACAAGGUUUAUAGUGUGCAGUUCUUCCUGUCAUUCCUAGGAGAAUACCUUGAGCAUUUUCAGAUAUAUCCUCACUCACUCAUUGUGAAGUUCCUCGGGUUGUACUCAAUACAGAUAGAAGGAGAACCCAAGAUAUAUUUCCUGUCGAUGCAGAGCAUCUUUUUUCCUCCAAGUAACAUCGACACAAGGUUCGAUGUUAAGGGCUGCUUGGGAGGACGUUAUCAGAAGCCAAAUACUUCUGAUGAAGACAUCCUCACAAUUCUGAAAGACCAGAACUUUGAACAUGAAACAAUACGUCUAGGUGUGCAAAAAGCCUGGUUUGUCAAACAGUUGAAAGUAGACGUGGACUUUUUCCGUGACCUUGGAGUUCAAGACUACAGCCUUUUGAUUGGUCGACAGAAGUGUUUAAAACUAGAAGGCAAAAGCUCUCUACAAAGUGUUGUACAAAGAGUCCAAAGGUCCAUGCCACACGCAUCUCGGAAUUCUGUGAGUCCGAUGAACGAUGUUUGUACUGUAAAACAAGUGGGAGCUGCCUCCUGGGAGAUAGAAAUGAAGUCAAUAAUUUCAGAGACACAGGCUCCUUCAACAAACACACCAGGGAAGUUUACAGAGACAAAAUUGUCAUCAGAGAAUGACAAUACAAUCAAACAGACUGGAAUCAACGAUGGAACAUGCAGCCUUAAAAAUCUCCUACAGCAAUCAAAGGAGUCAGAAAAGUGCCUACCGUCUAAUCUACGGCUUUUACCCAACUGUCCGAACCCGCUACACGUAAUUGAUGGCGAGGAUUAUAGAUAUUACUUGGGAAUUAUCGACUUUUUCACACAGUACCAGUGUUGGCAGCGAGUGGCUGGAGUACUGAAAACAGUGAAAAAUCUAACUACUGAUCACUCUACGGUUCCUCCAGAUGUCUACGCAGAUAGAUUUGUGAAAUUUAUCUCCGACAGAACAAAAUGAUUCUGGUUAUCCAAAGUUCUGUUAUGAGAUGAAAUCCAUUUUGACUUUAUGUAUAAAGUAUUUCUCAGAUUUUUUAUGCAUUGAACUUUUUAGUACAUUUUUUUAUCAUUUAUACACAUAUAGUUUAUGUGUAUUUUCUUAGACAGGAAUCCAGACUCUAGUCUUUAUAUAUUUUAACAGAUUUAAAACAAAUUAUUGUUUUUGAUAACCUAGUACACAAUACAUGUACUAACUUAACAUUAUUCAGGAAGUAGAUAUCUAUAUUGUAUCUGUGAAUAAAAGUUGUGUUAUCACAUGACCUUUUAGUGUGACCUUGACCUUUUGAGUAUAAGGGCCAAAGUCACCUUUGAGUCUAGCAGGUUUGUUUCUUUUCAAAAAUCAUUUUUUUCAUAACUAUAUUAUAUUAAGUUGGCAAUAAGGGAGUUUUUUUUGGUCUGUGGUUCAUCAUUUGACCUUGAUCAUGACCUUUGUAUAUCAACGAUAAGUCAGUGCAGCUUUGUCCCUGUUUUAGCUAACACAGACACACAACUCAUAAUCGUCGGCAGUGAACAAGUUUACAGAACAAAGCAAUGUCUACAAUAAUAUUCAGCAUGACAUAAAAUGUGUUUGCAAUUUUAUUUUACUAUAUAUCAUAUUAUUAUUGUAUUUUUUUAAAACAUAUCUUGAUGUUG